AUGCCUACAGUAAAUACAAGGAACAGCGUUUUGCAAUCUCUUACUACCAUUGAAGAGACGUCAAAUGAUUUUGAUCACGACGACGAGGGUUCGACGGAAUUGAAAUUGCCUGCUAGUAUGAAGCAGCACGCAUCUCUUUCAUCGGUUUCCUCAUCCUCUUCGUCGUCUUCGUCAUCAUCCAAUGAUGAUCUCGAUAAAAAAAAGGUGCAACAAAUCCAAACAGAGCUUCGGGACUUUCAAGCAGCCUUGCGUUCAAGUCCUUCCGCUUUCUUAGCAGAAAUGAAUUCGUUGGUUCUUCAAUCGUUUCCUACCUUUUAUGAGUUCAUUGCCAUCUUGCAGCAACAGCCAGCAUUUGAUAAGACAGCUUUCCUCGAAGAAAUUGCAAAGACCAACACCACGUUGUAUACUCCUCGUGGAGUGACGAUCACUGAUACAAAACAAAUUUCACGUUACUUCACUGUUGAGAGUGCUGGCAGGAGAAAACCCCAUGAAUUGCUAUACCGGGCGGCAACCUCCAAAAUUUUUGAGAAGACUUCCCUCCUUGAAUCCUUGACAUGCGCGAAUGGCCUCAUCCGACCUGUGUUGCAUGCCAAAGCUUCUAUGAAGGAUUGCUCCUUGGAAAUUAGUUUGAAAAAUGGAACUCCACACUUGGUUGCCGAGUGCUUUUUGAAUGUGAGCAUCCCCUGCAGUCGACGAAAUGAAAAUUCAGCUUCUCGAUGGACUGUUGUCGUGGGUGUCGUUGCGGAAGUCUUCUUUUGCCCUUGUGACGAAACUUUGUCAGUGACACUCUUGCACCUCAGUCCUGCAAAAGAAUUUUCGGAACGCCAAAUGAAAGCGAUUGCCAAGGAAUGUAUUCGUCACUCGAACUAA